AAAGCUAAAAAAGAAAGAAAGAGAGAGGUGGACACAUCCUCCAAGUAUGCUUUUUUGUUUUUCCAAUCUUUCUCUCUCUUUUUGUCCUCUUUAUCAAAACCCCAAGCAACCACAACAUUCCACUCUCUCCCUCCUCAUUGGCCCUCAAACAUUCUCUCAGUUUUUCUCUCCCAGUUUCUCCCUUAGGAUCUUCUUUCUCUUCAACUAAUCAAGGGUUUGAUUUUAGGCCUUGUGGCCCAGUAUUUUUCCGGCUGUAACGAGGAAGCUCUAUAGCUUCUUGUAGAUAUACAUUUUUAUACUCUUGUUAUCAAUUUAUUCAAAUAAAGAGGGGGUGCAUAUAUAAAUCUAGUGAGUUAGAUUAUAAUAUAUUUCAUAUGGCACCUGUUUCAUUGCCUCCUGGUUUUAGGUUCCACCCCACAGAUGAAGAACUUGUUUCUUAUUACCUCAAAAGAAAGAUUAAUGGCCGUAGGAUUGAGUUGGAGAUCAUCCCUGAAGUUGAUCUCUACAAGUGUGAACCAUGGGACUUGCCAGGGAAGUCAUUGCUACCGGGAAAAGAUUUGGAAUGGUAUUUUUUCAGCCCAAGAGAUAGGAAGUAUCCAAAUGGAUCAAGAACCAAUAGAGCAACAAAAUCUGGAUAUUGGAAGGCAACGGGGAAAGAUCGCAAGGUGAAUGCUCAGACUCGCGCCGUUGGAAUGAAGAAAACCCUAGUUUACUAUAGAGGAAGAGCACCACAUGGAUCUCGCACUGGUUGGGUUAUGCAUGAGUAUCGUCUUGAUGAAAGAGAAUGUGACAAUCCUUCUUCUGGCUUGCAGGAUGCAUAUGCUCUUUGCCGUAUAUUCAAGAAGAGUACAGUGAUUGCUCCAAAAAUUGGGGAGCAAUAUGUUAAUAAUGUUGCCAGGCAUGCAAAUCAUAUUACAAGUGAUCAAUCAUCAAGCAUUGAGUUGUACUCUGAAGGAAGAGAUGAAGUUAUAGGGACCUCAAAUUAUUUGAUGCCAUGGGAUCCAAGCACAUCCCAAAACAAUGGGACUAAUACUCUAAAUAACAAUGGUGGGAAUAUCACAAGGGAUGAUGGGAUUUGGACACAGUUCUUAUCAGAAGACUUGCUCAGUCUUCCAAUAUCUUCAUCAUUUCCCAAUUAUGGAUCCACACCUAAUUACCCUCCAUCCAAGGUGGAUAUAGCACUAGAGUGUGCAAGGAUGCAACAUAGGUUUUCUUUGCCUCCCUUGGAGGUGGAAGAUUUCCCUCAAGUUGGUAUGAAUUCUGAGCUGAAGAUGACACAAUUAGUCUCAGGUUCCAUGAGUGGAACUAGAAAUGAAACAGAUAUCUUGCAGGAAAUUCUAUCUGUAGCUCAAGCUUCUCAAGAAUUGAUAAACCAAUCAAACUACUCACAUGCAUUUGGUGGCAAUGAAAAUUAUGCUGCUGAUCAUGAAAAUGAUUUUACUUUUAUGGUUGGAAAUAAUUACAAUCAUGUGACUGAUCAUAUGAAUUCCAUGAGAUAUAUUGAUGACAAAGCAUGGGAAGAUCCAAACACAAGAUCAAUUGAAAUUGGGGAUCUUGAUAAUGAAUUCAAGGCUGAAAGGAUGGUAGAGAAUUUAAGAUGGGUUGGAAUGUCAAGCAAUGAUUUAGAGAAGAGUUUUAUGGAAGAGCAUCAAAAGGUUGUUCCAAUUGAGGAUAUUUCAACCUUCAAAACAAACAGGAAAGAGAAUGAGGUGCAAGUAGAAUCUGAGCAACAAAAUAUCAACAAAGAAAUCAAUGAUGGUAACAUUGAUAAUUUCUCAAUGGGGUUUAUCAAUGAUAAUGACACUAAUGAGAAUUUUAUAGAUGAUAGUAACAUUGAUUAUUCAAAUUCUACAAGCUAUGAAGUUGUUGAGGAAACAACAAAAGUUAGUCAUGGAAUGUUUGUUGCUACACGCCAAGUAGCAGACACAUUCUUUCACCAAAUAACACCUUCACAAACAAUAAAAGUUCAACUCAAUCCAAUUCUGGAAAACAAAAAAUCUAUAGAGAAUGCAGAAACAAUGAUUAUACCAAAGAAUCAAGGAUACUCUCUCUUAAGGAAGUUUAAGGCCAAUUUGAUGAAGUACAUGAAAAAUCCAUCAAAGAUAAUAGCAAGUGCAAUUGUGUUCAUAUUUGCACUUUUUUUGGUGCUUUGUGUUUAUUUGAAGGAGCAAGUGGAAGAUAUGAAACCAAAGUCAGAAUAUGUGAAAAGGAAAUAUAGCUAUGGAGCUAAUAGCAUGAAGAAAAUCAUUUGGAAUGAGCAAGAGAAAAUUUGGUUUGUUGGUAUCAAAAGUGGUAAAGGUUUUGAGGUGAUCUUGAAGAAGAUAGGAAUUUUCCUAACUAUAUCUUUGGCUCUUUGUACCAUGUGGGCUAACCAUAUGAUAGUUUGUUAUUGAACAAUUCCUAAUUUUAUUUUGCUUUUAGUUUCUAACUUAAGGAUUUGAUAUAGAAAAAACAGUUUAAAUUCUCAAAUUGGGGUUUUAAAAUUAUAUAGGGGAUCGGUGAUGCAUCCAAAUACUUGUAUUUCUAUUUUUUUUUACUUGGUCACACAUAUGUUCUUUGAUUAAGAAUUUGUUACAUUCAAUAUA